GAGAGAGAGAGAGAACAUCAGCGCACAACCACUGGAAUCAAGGAGAAUAUGUGAAGGCAGCACAGGAACGAGGGAGAGAGAGACAGAUGCAGACAGAGAGAUAGCUGGUUAGCGGGUGGACGGAUGAAAGAGCUGGAGACUAGAAGAUGCUUCAGCUUUGUCAGUGUUUCCAGCAUCAUGAGGACGAUACAGAACAACCUGCACAAACAGACUGACAUAUCAGCCUGUUCCUCCUGAUUUACAUCAAGCAGGAUCACUAACCAACACAACUCUACCCAUCUGGAGCACAUCAGAUCUUAAUGACACCUGCAACACAGGAAUACCAGCAAAACAAAGCGAACUAAAUAUAUUAGAGCUAAACUCCUCUAACUAUCACUCUUUUAAGACGGUACGAUAGAACAGCUUCAACUCCAGAUGAACUAAUCUUGAUUUAACAGUAUGCCGUGGAUCACCUUCUCUACUGGGAGGCUGUUCUUGCGGCAAGAGUGCAUGGAGAGUAACGUCGUAAUACUUUGAUUCACAGACUCAAUUUCUUUUUAAUGAGCUGGAAUGCCUUCCCUCUGCCAAGAAUGAGAAGUUGAAUGAUGCUCAGCGAGCCAUGCCCUUCAACACCUGCACACUCUCAUAGAUGAGAACAGGUUUGGUUAGGAAUCGAAGAGGAAUGCUCAUGCUCAGAAUUCUGCAGAUGCAACAAUUUCGCCUUCGGAUUCCAAUUUUUCUGCUUAUUAUCUCUGCGUUCUGAAGGAACUGGAGUCCCUUAGGUGAUGGACAUGAGACCCACGUGAAGCUGUCGAAGUACCUGCUUAUUGGUUUCAAGGACACUUGAAGGUCGGAGAAAUGUCUGACCGUUUGAGACACUGACUUUUGGAAGUCGCUUAUAUAAAAAAACUGAUUUGGGUGCAAAACAUCAAAAAAUACAAGCCAAUACAACAAAAAAUGGCAGAGCUUGCUGGAUACAAUGGCAGCGAGAGCUUCAUGUUCUCAACUGGCCUACCGUUCAACUCUACCGGCGAUUAUGAGUAUUAUGAACCCGAACCCGAUGCCAGCAAGAUCAUCAUCCCCUCCAUCUAUGCCCUGGUGUGCUGCAUCGGUGUCACAGGAAACGCCAUGGUCAUCUAUGUCAUCCUGAAGUACGCCAAGAUGAAGACGGCCACCAACAUCUACAUUCUCAAUCUCGCCAUUGCGGAUGAACUCUUUAUGUUGAGCGUCCCUUUCCUGGCGACCUCGGCCGCGGUGCAUCACUGGCCGUUUGGCUCGCUCAUGUGUCGUUUGGUUCUCAGCGUGGACGGCAUCAACAUGUUCACCAGCAUCUUCUGCCUGACCGUGCUGAGCGUGGACCGCUACAUCGCAGUGGUGCACCCGAUCAAAGCGGCUCGCUACCGUCGCCCGACCGUCGCCAAAGUGGUCAACGUUUGCGUGUGGGGCUCGCUGCUCGUUAUUCUGCCCAUCAUCAUCUUCGCGACACGUCCGGCGCAGGACGGAGGAGUGGACUGCAACUUCCUAUGGCCCGAGUCCUCAUGGUCAGAAGCAUUUGUGGUCUACACGUUCCUCCUUGGUUUCUUGCUCCCCGUGGCUGCCAUCUGCCUGUGCUACUGCUUGAUCGUGGUGCGCAUGCGAGCGGUGGGUCUGAAAGCGGGCUGGCUGCAGCGGCGGCGCUCUGAAAAGAAGAUCACGCGCAUGGUGCUGCUGGUGGUGGCCGUUUUUGUGCUCUGCUGGAUGCCGUUUUAUAUUGUGCAGCUGAUUAGUGUGUUCCGCAAGCCGCCGGACCCCAUGGUGACUCAGCUAUUUGUCAUUCUUAGCUAUGCUAACAGCGGAGCCAACCCCAUUCUUUACGGAUUCGUGUCGGACAACUUCCGCCGCUCGUUUCAGCGUAUCAUUUGCUUUCGCUGGCUGGAGAACGGACUGGAUGCUGAGCAGGUUGACUACUGUGCUGUGGCCCUGCGGCGUCAGACCACAUGCGGCCCACCGGACUUUCCAAAGGAGUGCUUGGCCUCCGAAAUGGUGUUUCGUAACGGAACCUGUACGUCUCGUACAACCACUCUGUGAGAGGAUAUUCACUGAGAGUGUUAGAGUUUAAAGGGAUAUCUCCAAACCUGGGCCCAUGUUCACAAAACUUUUUUAUCUUGCCACUAAGAGCUCU